AUGCAGGUGGAGCUGGUGCCUGGGGCAGCAAUCCUGUUGGUUCUCGUCCUGCUCACAGUCUUGGCCUUCAGGUUUCACCAAGCAAGAUGCCAGCUCCCCCCUGGACCCAGGCCCUGGCUCUUUCUGGGGAAUCUACUGCGAAAAGAUGCUUUGCCUCUGUAUAAAACCUACCGGAAGCUCACUAAGAAGUACGGUCCGGUUUUUACUAUCUGGCUAGGACCAAAGCCAAUGGUUGUGGUUUGUGGAUAUGAGGCAGUGAAAGAUGCUUUGGUAACUCAUAGUGAAGAAUUUGGUGGACGACCUUCUAUACCCAUCAUUAAUCAACUAACCAAGGGCUAUGGGCUUAUUAGUGAAGAUGUCAAGUGGAGGACCCUGCGUCGCUUUAUGCUUUCCACACUACGGAACUUUGGAAUGGGAAAGAAGUCGAUGGCUGAGCGGAUAUCAGAAGAGGCUCUCUGUUUGGUGGAGAAGAUGGCAGCCUCUGAAGGUCAGCCCUUUGAUUUCAUCCCAGCCACCACAGCUGCUGCUUCUAAUGUCAUGUGCUCUGUUGUCUUUGGGAAUCGAUUCUCUUAUGAAGAUAAAAACUUUAUGGAGCUAUUGGAAACGUUGAAGGCAUUCUUAAAUUUCUUUGUGAGUGUUCCUGGAGUGGUAUUCAGCGCUUUGCCAAAUAUCAUGAAAUUCCUUCCUGGACCGCACAAUAAAGUCUUCUGUGACUGUAACAAGAUCUUUAACUUCAUUAGGAAUAAAGUGGACUCUCACAAGAAGAACCUGGAUCCACAGAACCCUGGGGACUUUAUCGACUGCUUCCUUCUUAAAUUAGAAAAG